AUGAAGCCUCUCACAGCAGAUGGAAUCCAACAUCAGAAAAAUGCACAAAGUGGCCGGAGCUUGGCACAACAGUCUGCAAUGGAUCUCCUUGGUUUAACCAGAACUUUUGAAUCGUCCAAUCACAAUUCACCACGUACGAAAUCCCCAACAUCAGCCACAGAUGCCGAUUUCGAGGCUGCAUACUUGCUCAUGACAUCCGAUCCACUGAAAUCAAGCAGUUUUGCCUCUUUGGGUAUACCGUUUUCUCCUCAACGGGAAACGGACACAUACCCAUUUCCAGCCCAUCCAGCAAGAUCUGUGACUUAUAACAGUCAACCGGUGGGCAGUAACAGUUCCUCCAUUCAUGCUUUAAGCAAUUCUCAGGUGGGUCCUACAAGCAGUAUUGAAAAGCAGCAUUUAAAUGCGGGCCUUGCCGAACAAAGCAUCCCGGAUCCCGUCCAGGGAACAAACUAUUUGCCGCAAAUACAACAAAUUCCAACAUCAAAUUAUCACACACCGCCUCCUAUUUCACCAGUGCCGCCUACAACAUCAACCGUUUCUCCAAACACAAGAGUUCUUCUGAAUACAUUCAACAAUCUCAACUAUAGCGUAUCGUCAAAAACGGCAAUGAACGACUGGGGGGUCCCAAAUCAACAAUAUUCGCAUCUGGCACCAAACAACAGUGCACCACCUUCCGGGAACGCCACUGGGCAUAGUGUUUCGAACAUUUUGGGCCAAUCACAGCGGGAAAACCACCCAGGAAUGGCAAAUUCCUCCGGGCAGUCGACAGAAUUGCUUUCCAUGACUGAAACUUCCGCUUUAGAGAAUUUUCUCGACUCUAUAGCGAGCGACGUGAGUUUCGACAAGUUGGCAAAGCAAUGGUCGUCGAUCGACCCGGGGAGUUCGGCCAAUAGUCUCAAGGAACAAAUGCAGGAUGGAACUGCAGCAAGAAUUAGCAUUCCGCCAACACAAAGACAGGAUGUUGGUGAAAAAUCGAUUCUUCCGGGUCGUAUUUUGGUGGAAAAUGGGAAGGUGAAAGAGCAGUCAAAGCAGGUGCUGACAGAUGAGGAAAAAAAACAGAAUCAUACAAUUUCAGAACAGAAACGACGACUCAUGAUCCGAAGCUCGUUUCUCAAAUUAUCCCAACUCUUGGAUAAAUCCAAGUUUGAACAGACUUUGCAGGAUCGCCGGAAGAGCAAGAGUAAGCGGAAGGCCAUGUCCAAGUACAAUGUGCUUAAUCGGGCAGUUAUAGAAAUAGAACUUCUUGAGGCACAGAAUGAAAAGUUGCGGAAAUUGUGCCAGCAGUGGGGGGAAUAA